CGAAUCUUUCCCGACAAAGCAGUAAUGCAAGAAGACUGCAAUAUACUGUAAAUGCAAGAACUGAAGAACAAGAAAGAAUUGCACGUGAACAGCAACGCGAAAGAAUGGCUCGACUUCGUGCUCGAGGUAACAACAUAGAUCAACAAAUAGUUAACUUGCGAUGCAGAAGAAGAAAUUUGAAUCGAGAAGCAUUUCAAUACGAUUGCAGCUAUGAUUAUAGCUUGCAUCCUAGCGUCUGCAUUGGUAAAAUGGACGUAGUUUGCAAGUAUUGUGGUGCAUUGAAGUUUUCCCAAGAAACGCCUGGAUUAUGCUGCCUUAAUGGUAAAGUCAAAUUGCCAUCGUUGACUCCGCCACCUGAACCAUUGUAUUCAUUGCUUUGUGGCGAAACACAAGAAUCACGCCACUUUCUUGCUAAUACUCAAAAAUACAAUGGUUGUUUCCAAAUGACGUCAUUUGGAGCAGAUAUUAUCGAAGAACGAGGAUUUAAUCCGACAUUUAAGAUACAAGGACAAAUUCAUCAUCGAAUUGGAUCAUUACUACCUUUUGAAGAUACACAGAAUAAAUUUUUACAAAUAUACGAACUUAUCAACAAUGUAUUUCCAGAAAUUGUUUCUAAUAGCAAAAAUAAUGAAUGGUUGAGUGAGCGGGCAAUUUUAGCAGCAAAGAAUAAAGAUGUAGAUGACCUAAACCACAUAAUUCAAAAUAAAAUAAUUGGAACAAUGCUUUCAUUCAAAUCUAUUGAUUGCGUCACAAAUGAAGAUGAAGCCACCAACUAUCCAAUUGAAUUUUUAAAUUCUUUGGACGUGCCUGGCUUACCACCGCACAAUUUACUCCUAAAG